UGGAGAAUCAAAAUCCUAAAAAAUGUUAUUUUGUGAGAGAAUUGAAAAAAAUAUUAUUUAACAUAAUUUUUGUGUGGAUUCAAAGAGGAAACAAGAGGAGUUUAUAAUGAGACCUUUGCAGUGUAUCAAGAGGCUUGUGGUUUUUGUUUUCUUCAUAGAAGUCACAUCACGUCCAACACCCUAUGGCAGCCGAAUAUUAAACUUCUUGGGUAGUUCCAUUGGUGCCAGCAGCAGCAGGUCGAUUGUUGGUUGUAAUAGUGGCAAGUAUUGCGACAAUGGCCGCCGUCAUCAUAACCACAAUCAUCAAAAGAACAUCGGAACCGGAAGCGAUUCAUCUUUGGUUGAAAUUAGUUUUCAACCCUUAAGAGAAUUAGAAUCUGUGUCAUCAUUAACACCGUUCUACCCAUCACUUGCGGGGAGGAAAAUUUUCGACGAAAACCAACUACCCCAUCAUCAAGUAGUGACGGUGGCCACUCCACCCAAUAAAGCCCGUACUCCUUUCAACAUCAUCAGCCAAAGACAUCACGACUUUAAUCGCCAACGUAGAACAAGUUAUCGUCGGCUGCUAAAUGACGACGAUGAGAACAACGACAACGGGAGCGAGAACGAUAACGGUGGCGGUAGUGGCGGCCGAGGUGGCGUUGGCGGCAGCGGCGACGACUUCCAAAGCUAUCACCAUCGACGAUAUCCUGAUGAGUCAUCAUCAUCCUCUAUCCAAAGGCCAACAACUCCAUUCACACCUGUUGUCGGGGAUUUGAACGGAAUUCCAUAUCCGACGGAAGAUCCGUUUGGUUUUAUGCAUCGUGACACACAAUAUUCAAUACAAAAUGACAAAGACCUUUCGCUUGAGGAUAAUGACAAUUCGAUGGGAAGCAACUUUCCGUGGGAUGUUUUCAAAGGACAUCAGCAAGCUUUGGGUUCGAGUUUGGAUUCGGUUUCGGCUUCAGGCUUGAAGGACUCGGUGCCAGAAGAACACAGUUUUAUGGAUUCGGAUUCGAACAAUAAAAGAAAUGCUUUGGCGGCAUUCAAGCGUCAAAAAUUUAAAUCACAUCAAACACAAUUCAUACCUUCGAUAUCUGGUGGAGCCAUGACGAAUCUUGGUGAUUUCUUUAGAAAUCUAAAAAACAACAUUGAAUUCAUGGAAAAAAGCCGCCUUAGCAAUUCCGAAGAAGUCCUCCUCGAAGGUGAUCAUCCACUACAAUUGUUCAGAGAAGAGCUAAACAGCGAUGGAACAAAACCAACAGGAACAGCUGCAUUUCUCCAUGCAAUUCGAAAUUAUCGACCCUCCCAAAGGAUACGAUCAUUGGUAGCUUUAAAUCCCGAAGGCUAUCAUGGAUCACAAUUUUUGGACCCAAAUUAUAUGUGGCUUGGUUUGGGUAAACGAUAA